AUGUACGGGACUUAUAAUAAGGUAGGUGGGGUUUGGACUAGCCAGUAUAAUAAGGUAGAUGGGGUUUGGACUAGCCAGUAUAAUAAGGUAGGUGGGGUUUGGACUAGCCAGUAUAAUAAGGUAGGUGGGGUUUGGACUAGCCAGUAUAAUAAGGUAGGUGGGGUUUGGACUAGCCAGUAUAAUAAGGUAGGUGGGGGUUGGACUAGCCAGUAUAAUAAGGUAGGUGGGGGUUGGACUAGCCAGUAUAAUAAGGUAGGUGGGGGUUGGACUAGCCAGUAUAAUAAGGUAGGUGGGGUUUGGACUAGCCAGUAUAAUAAGGUAGGUGGGGUUUGGACUAGCCAGUAUAAUAAGGUAGGUGGGGUUUGGACUAGCCAGUAUAAUAAGGUUGGUGGGGUUUGGACUAGCCAGUAUAAUAAGGUAGGUGGGGGUUGGACUAGCCAGUAUAAUAAGGUAGGUGGGGUUUGGACUAGCCAGUAUAAUAAGGUAGGUGGGGUUUGGACUAGCCAGUAUAAUAAGGUAGGUGGGGUUAGGACUAGCCAGUAUAAUAAGGUAGGUGGGGUUUGGACUAGCCAGUAUAAUAAGGUAGGUGGGUUUUGGACUAGCCAGUAUAAUAAGGUAGGUGGGGGUUGGACUAGCCAGUAUAAUAAGGUAGGUGGGGUUUGGACUAGCCAGUAUAAUAAGGUCGGUGGGGUUUGGACUAGCCAGUAUAAUAAGGUCGGUGGGGUUUGGACUAGCCAGUAUAAUAAGGUAGGUGGGGUUUGGACUAGCCAGUAUAAUAAGGUAGGUGGGGUUUGGACUAGCCAGUAUAAUAAGGUAGGUGGGGUUUGGACUAGCCAGUAUAAUAAGGUAGGUGGGGUUUGGACUAGCCAGUAUAAUAAGGUAGGUGGGGUUUGGACUAGCCAGUAUAAUAAGGUAGGUGGGGGUUGGACUGAAUGAAUAUGUUCACAUGUUGAUUAGUUCACAUCACAGGAGGUUAAUUGGGGAGGACUGGCUCGUGGUAAUGGCUGGAGUGGAAUCAGUGGAAUGGUAUGAUGCCAUUCCAUUGCCUCCGUUCCCAGACAUUACUACGAGCCGCCCCCACAGCAGCUUCCUAUGGUUCACAUGUUAAGUUGAGCUUGUUUCAGCCCAGAAGCCCUAUAAGAACACUAGGCACAUUUAUGACAUAAUGAGAGUGGAUUUAUAAAGCAUUACAUUCACCAGCUAUGAGCUGGCACUCCAACACGGCUUCCAGCAGCAUCUGGUCUUCCAACUGGGACCAACCAUGCUUUGGUUCUGCGGUAAGCCAGCAGUAGGAUGCAGGGUGCUAUGCUGCUGGCAGUAGACUGCUGACAUACUAGUUAUUAAGUUGUGUUGCAGCCCUGUUUGUGUGGCAGUGGUAAACUACGUGACUUGAGUUUACACGGCCUCUGGAGACUACUGAUCUUUUCAACCAGUUCUGUCCCUUUAAAAUGGCCAUAACAUCCACAUUUUUACCUUCAAGAAAUUGUAUUUGUAUUCAUUGAUAAAAUGUGCUGGAUAGAGAGCAAGAAUGACUUUCCGUUAACGACACAUUGCUACUAGUGAUAAAGUUGCAGAUGGAUUCUAAGGUUAUAUUCCCAGAUAAUACAAUUCAAGACACUGAGCCACACUUUAUGGAAACACUUCUUCCCAUAGUAAAAUGGCAAUACUCUACAAUACUGUCUGUAUACAUUGUAUGGCACACACAUCUAAAGAGAAUCAAUAGCUUUAACAUACUGCAUCGAUUGUAAAUAUCAUAGUCGAGACAAAAUAAUAUUCCAACACGUAGAACAGCUAUUUCUAUUUGUUAAUAGGCCUUUUCUUCUACUUAAUACGUGGUUCUUCAGCAUGGUUUUCUCCAGGGUUGCCGAGGACACUAUGAUUGGCAGCCUGCUCGAGACCUCUAGUCCUACAUGGCUCUGAUCUCUACCUCGCUGAUUCUAUCACAACAGUCAUUCAUUACAGCUACAAGAUUUCUUCUGUACCUUCAACUUAGUCACAUUUAAAUUUGGUGUCAGUGGUGGAGCAUCGCUCCACAUCCAAAGGUUGCUGGGUACCACUAACCUUUCCACCACAGAGUCCAGUAAGGUGGCUCAGCAAGCCAGACAGUUCUCAUGGACCAUGCUCACCCACUGUAAACAGUCUUACAAUGAUGAGUCCAAUGAAGAGCAAAGAGUGGAACACAAGUCAUGAAGGAAUCCACAGUUCAGGUACAUGUGUACUGUCUGUGUCCGGAGGUGAGUUUGACACAAUAAAGACGACAGCUCUGUUUGAUCAGACGUCUGAACAAUCCAAUGCUGUAGCCUA